GGUCUUGAGGUUGCAAUCAGGAGCAAGAUCGAGCAGGAGGUGACCCAGAGGGCCAGCUCCUCUCUCCACAAGCCACUGUCUGUGGUCAAAGGAGCUGAAGGAAAAGGAAAGCCAGGAUCUGCCCGUCCUGGGACCAGUUCAAAGUAGAACACGUUACCACACCAUCGACUGCAGACCUCAGCUUCACCAGGUUAUAAUAAAAUUAUGAGUGGACGUUACAUGAACCUCCAAGAGCAUCUACUUAGUGAGAAGAACUGAACAAAGUAGACGCUUGUCAUGUUUUAUGAUGUCAUGAUUUUGUCAUCCUGUUUAUUAAGGAUAAAUGAAGUGAAGAAGGAUCUUCAAAAGUUAUAUUUUCCCAGUUUGAGACGUUUUACUCUAACCCUCCGUAAGGUUCUACUCCGGUUCUGAUAGAAACUGAUUAUUUAUAGAACAUUAAACAUUUUCUAAAAGUACAGAGAAACCAAAUGGAGGACAGGAAACAGGCGAUGAUCUCUGAAGCCAACCCAUGAGACGUGAAAACAGAAAAUGUUGGCCUGAAGCUCUCUGACGGUCUUUAUUCCUGUAAAUAAUUGUUGACUCAGGUUUUGUGAAGCUGAUGUAAUCUUCUCUCGCCACAGUACAGUUACUACCUGGAAAUACAGACAAUAAAAUAAUCUACCCAUAUCA